AUGGUCCACAUCGAUUUGAAAUAUUCAUUCCAUACAUAUCCAAUUAAAAAAGUAGUUGCUGCUGAUCAAAUAAAUCUAUAAAAGUAUAAAAAGUAUAUAUAAUUAGGUUUUUGACUACAGUUAAAGGAUAAACCAGAUUAGUCAAUUAUAUUCCAAAUUAAUUAGAUUAGGAAGUCUAAGAGAGUAAAAUAAAUAAAUUAAAGAAAAAUUUGAAAACAACUUAGCAAUUAUAUUUUAAUUUUUAUUUGAGAGAUCACCAUUUAGCGAUCUUUAAACUAUUGAUAUAUAAUAAAGCUGAAGCUGUAGGUUUUAUAAAAUCUAAAUGCCGUGAGAAUUAUAGAAGUAUAAUUAAAUAUGAUGAAAUAGAAACAGAUAAUUUAGUCAUAUAAUAUGUCGUCGAAAUUUAAUAACAUUAUAAAAUCCCAAUACGCUAGUAAAUUCUACCUAGAGAUUGGAAUCCUUUAAUAUAAACUUGAUAUUUUCAAUAAAAUUUAAUAUGAUCAAUGGAAUGAGAAAAAAUAGCUAAAUAUAUCUCAUAUAUUGGUUCUUUUAUUGGUAACCCAAAAUUGGUUAUUUCGCUAAUCAUGGUCACAUAUAAAUUAUAAUGAGAUUCUUGUAUUAUUUCAAAGUAGCUUUAAUAUUGUCAGUCCCUUCUAUAUCAGGAGAACUACCAGGUAUUUUUAAAACGUGAAUAGCUUUAAAAGCUCAAAUCAUGGCAUAUACUAAUUUAUUGUUUUUAAAUUAUCUAAAGUUUAGACCUUAAGAUGUAGAAUCAUAAUUUGCUUAGAUAUUAAUAGUAAUUCGAUAACAAAUUAAAAUUGUACUAAAGAAAUGUCACUCUUAUCAGGUUUUGUUAUUUUAUCAAUUACAGUAUUCCUUAUUGAUAGAAUAUCUUAUUUCACAAAAAGAAAGAUAGAAUGGUAUGAUACCAAGUUAGUUAAAGAAAGGUUUAGCUAGAAAUCUUUUAAAUUAUGGUAAUCUAUGCAGAUUAUUAUGAAUAUAGAUUGUUCACUAAUAAAAGGAAUAGACUAAAUAUAUGGGUUACCAACUGAAACUACCUCAAUAAUAUAAUGA